CGCCAGUGUGCGCCAGUGAUGCGAGAGGAGCGCGUGUCGGAGUCAACUAUACGCAGCCGUUUGGCACCGGGUGGACCUUUUUUUGCCUCAAUCUGGCGGGACGCUUUUCGGUUCCCCCUGCGCUGUGAUUAUUAUUAUUACGCAUGAAAUGAUGUCGAGGCUGUAGGCUCGUGUCUUUUUUUGCCUCUACUCUUGUGCGUGGUUUCAAAUAUUUUCCGUGGAUUUUUCUACCCAGGAAGGACUACCGAGUUGUGUGUGUAGCCAGUGUUCCCGAUCCCGGGAGCGGAGGAACUUAAUUGGGAAGUAAACGCGUGAAGACUUCAAAAGUCUGGAGAGGAGAGCGAAUCCGCGUCGGCAAGGAGAAGAUCACCGCGGAGCUGAGCUGUGGUCGAGAUAUUCCUGCAGCACCUGUGUUCUCAGAGCACCGGGACUUAAGAUGCUGAAUAAUUCCGCGGUGGCAGAUGAUUUCUGAGGUUUCCUUUUUAAUCGAACGCGAGGGAGAACGGAGGAGUAUCUCUCGUCAGCUCUUCUAACGUCCCCACUGCAUGUUGUGUGCAAAAUGCGACUAAAAAUGCUCCUGGCAUCGGGGAGACUUUGACACGGACAUUUGAUCGAAUUUUUUUCCCCAAACAUCGGAGGACCGUUCAUUUUGCCUCUACUCCUCCAUAGGAAUUUCUUUCCUUUUUUUUGUCUUAUUAAUUUUACGCGCCCCUAACAUGGACAUGUUAUCGUCCGAGGGGCGCCUGACCCUGCUUUGUGGCUUCACAGGAGCCGAGCGUCUUUCCACGGGUGAACCUCUUCUCUGAGGACCCUCGCUAUGCUCCACCGUGCCUCUCCUCCCCGGUGUGUUUCUCUCCUCCGCAGUGGACCAAAGGAUACGCUCUGCCCCCCAAAAGUAGAAUGAAUCACUUUCCUGAGAAUUAUCUCCACGAUGGUUUUCUGAAGGAACGUCCGCUCCACAUUUCAUCGGACAUUUCAAUGAGUUGAGUAAGUGGGAAAUUUUUUGCCUAUUUUGUGUGUGUGACAUGCAAUCGCGUGCGUAACCAUCUUACGGUGCGUCUCAAGAGAAACUCAACAGGUACAAUGCAAUCCAGGGAGAUGGAAUUAAUAAACAUUGUUUUGGUUAUCCUCCUGUUUUUGGUCGGGAGCGACGCAGUGAUCAAUCUGAAAUACGGAAUAAACGAGGAGAUGAAGCCGGGGUCGGUGAUUGGGAACGUAACAAAGGACGCACAGAAGCAGGGGUUCCAGAUCGCACCGCAGCCCCCUUAUUUACGGGUGAUUUCUAACUCGGAGCCCCGCUGGGUGGAACUGAGCCCGGCGGGCAUCCUCACCACCCAGAUGAAAAUCGACAGGGAUGUAGUGUGUCGACAGAACCCCAAAUGUGUCAUUUCCCUGGAGGUGAUGUCAAACUCCAUGGAGAUUUGCGUUAUCAAAGUUGAAAUUGAGGAUUUGAACGACAACGCACCCCGGUUCCCCACGAGCCACAUUGACAUUGAGAUCUCCGAGAACGCCUCCCCCGGUACCCGGUUCCCUCUAGAGGGGGCAAGCGAUCCGGAUUCGGGAGUAUUCGGUGUUCAGUCAUACUCCAUCACCCCGAAUGAGCUCUUUGGUCUGGAGAUAAAGACCAGGGGGGACGGCUCCAAGAUCGCCGAACUGGUGGUGCUGAAGUCGCUGGACAGGGAGACCCAGUCCCACUACUCGUACGAGAUCAGCGCAGAGGACGGAGGAGACCCGCCAAAGAUAGGCGCGGUGCAGCUCAACAUCAAAGUCACCGACUCCAACGACAACAACCCCGUGUUCGACGAGUCGAUGUACACCGUCAGCGUGAUGGAGAACUCCCCGGGCAACACGCUGGUCAUAGACCUGAACGCCACGGAUCCCGACGAAGGGACCAACGGAGAGGUGGCGUACUCCUUUAACAGUUACGUCACGGAAAAAACGAGGGAGGUGUUCAAAAUUGACUCUCGGACAGGUGUCAUCACGGUCCACGGGGAGCUGGACUACGAGAACGCGCAGAUCUACGAGCUCGACGUGCAGGCCAAAGACCUGGGCCCCAACUCCAUCCCGGCGCACUGUAAGGUCACCGUGAAAGUGAUGGAUACAAACGACAACCCGCCCAUCAUCAACCUGCUGUCCCUGAACACGGAGUUGGUGGAGGUGAGCGAGAACGCGGCCCGCGGCUACGUGAUCGCCCUGGUGCGGGUGUCCGAUAAGGACGCAGGGGCCAACGGCAAGGUGCAGUGCCGGCUCCAGGGCAACGUGCCCUUCAGGCUGCAGGAGUACGAGAGCUUCUCCACAAUCCUGGUGGACGGUCGGCUGGACCGGGAGCAGAGGGACACGUACAACCUCACCAUCCAGGCCGAGGACAGCGGCACCCCGCCUCUACGCGCCACCAAGUCCCUGGUGGUGAAAGUCACCGAUGAGAACGACAACCCCCCACACUUCCUGAAGCCCCACUACCAGGAGAUGGUGAUGGAGAACAACCUCCCCGGCUCGUGUUUACUGGCGGUCUCCGCCGAGGACCCAGAUCUGGGCAUGAACGGCACCGUGUCCUACUCCAUCGUGCCCGGGGAGAUCAAGCGCAUGGACAUCAACACAUACGUCAGCAUCAACCCGUCGGGGCGCAUCUUCUCCAUGAGGUCCUUUGACCACGAGUACAUGAGGACCUUCGACUUCAAAGUGCUGGCCCGGGACAACGGGGACCCCUCGCUGUCCAGUAACGCCACCGUGCGCAUCGUGGUGCUGGACGUCAACGACAACACACCCGUGGUGACCCAACCCCCGCUGGUCAACGGCACCGCCGAGGUGUCUGUCCCCAGGAAUGCGGGGGUGGGCUUCAUGGUGACUCAGGUGAAGGCGGACGACUACGACGAGGGGGAGAACGGACGGCUGACCUACACCAUCUCGGAGGGCGACCGGGCCUUCUUCGAGAUCGACCAAGUGAACGGGGAGGUGCGCUCCACGCGGAUGUUCGGGGAGGGGGCCAAGUCCACGUACGAGAUCACGGUGGUGGCCCGGGACCACGGGAAGCCCUCGCUGUCUGCUUCGGCCUACAUCGUGGUGUACCUGUCAACGGACGAGAAGACCCAGGAAUCUAUCGGACCCGUAAACCUGUCUCUGAUCUUCAUCAUCGCCCUGGGCUCCAUCGCCGCUAUCUUGUUUGUCACCAUGAUCUUUGUUGCGGUCAAGUGCAAGCGGGAUAACAAGGAGAUCCGAACGUACAACUGCAGUUUCUUCUACUUGCGCAGGGUGGCGGAGUACUCGUACGGCAACCAGAAGAAGUCGAGCAAGAAGAAGAAGCUGAGCAAGAACGACAUCCGGCUCGUGCCCCGCGACGUGGAGGAGACGGACAAGAUGAACGUGGUGAGUUGCUCGUCUCUCACCUCCUCGCUCAACUACUUCGACUACCACCAGCAGAGCCUACCCCUGGGCUGCAGGCGCUCCGAGAGCACCUUCCUCAACGUGGAGAACCAGAAUUCGCGCAAUGCCGCCCCCAACCACGGCUAUCAGCACUCCUUCACGGGCCAGGGCCAGCAGCAGCCUGACCUGAUCAUCAACGGCAUGCCGCUGCCAGAGACGGAGAACUACUCCAUUGACUCCAGUUACGUGAAUAGCAGAGCCCACCUCAUUAAAAGGCCCCCAUGCAGCACAUCCACCUUCAAGGACCUGGAGGGGAACAGCCUGAAGGACAGCGGCCACGAGGAGAGCGACCAGACGGACAGCGAGCACGACGUGCAGCGGGGUCACUACGUGGACACGGCCGUCAACGACGUGCUCAACAUGACCGUCCCGCCCAACGUCUGCCAGCUGCCCGACCAAGACCCCGGUGAAGGCUUCCACUGCCAGGACGAGUGCCGCAUCCUGGGCCACUCCGACCGCUGCUGGAUGCCCCGCGUCUCCGUCCCGGCACGGGCCAAGUCCCCGGAGCACGGCCGCAACGUCAUCGCCCUGUCGAUAGAGGCCACCACGGUGGAGGUGCCCCACCACUACGAGGACGGCACCGCCAAAAGGACUUUUGCCACCUUCGGCAAGGACGGGCCGGAGGAGGCCGAGCGCGCCGACCUCAAGGCCCGGCGGACUCUGAGCGAGUCGCAGCAGGUGUGCAGCCCCAAGGCCAACGGAGGGGCGGUGCGCGAGGCCGGCAACGGCCGCGAGGCCGGCAGCCCCAUCACCUCCCCCGUGCACCUGAAGAGCCCCGCCUCCAAGCAGCCGCCGUCCGCGUACAACACCCUCAAGUGCCGAGACGCCGAGCGCAUCGCCAACCACAGCCUGCUGCGGCAGCCGGAGGGGAAGGACAGCGAGCCCGCCGUCCGUGAGAUGAACACCCUGCUGCAGCACGACGCCCGCGACAAGGAGUCCCCCGGCAGCAAGCGGCUCAAGGAUAUCGUGCUCUAGCGGGCCGUCCCGUACCCCGACACGCAGGCAUGGGGGGAGGGGGGGGGGGGAGGGGGCGGUGAUGAUCGCCCCAGGCCACUAGCCCACUUCCCACAACCACACUCACCCCACCCCCCCCGCGGAGACCCUCACCCACUCACCCACCCAACCAAACAAACGACACCGUGCACGUACAAGUGUACGCAACACGCAUUUCUAUACACCCACGAUAGCUGUUUGUACGCAUCGGACAAAGCUAAAGGAAGGCUGUGGAUUUAAGACGGCCUCGGCGGGGAGAAGCGGCGGCAGAGCCGACGGCCGGCGGAGGAACUGGCGGAACGCUGCAGCUAGUUGUGUACCGAGGUAGUGAUGUGGCUUUGUUGUAGUUGCAGUACGAUUUAUUUUGGGUUUUUUCGUCAUGUUUCCUUUUCAGUCGACAGUCUGCGCCGAGUAGAGUCACAGACGAGGGACUGUUGGUUGGAAUCGGAGUGAGCCUGGCCGGCUCCCCUUCUCCCUUGAGCCAAACUCCGGACCCCAACCCGCGCGGGCACAACAGGGGGCCAACGGAGACGUACAAUUAUGCCUUUUUUGAACUGCUGUUUUUUCACAAAAUGAUUUUUUUUGCCUUCUUUGGUUUUGCAGUCGCCCUACCUGCCGAAAUCUCUCAUUGCUUAAUUGUACAGUGAUCACUACAACGUAAUAAACCGACCAACACAGGAUUCUUCUGAACUCUUACCCACAAAUCGCCGCGUCACAGUUUCCGGCGCACAAGAGAGAAGGAAAUGGGGGUCAGGGGGACAAUUUACACAAUCCUUUCUCGGUCUGCGUACACCAGGAGGCCGGACAGCCCGAGUGUCAUCGAACUGUGAGGUCUUUAGACUAUAUCUGUUUUUAAUCACGUACGGUGCCGAAUGAACUCUUACUAUCUCCACCUCCGCUCGGAACCCUGGGAGAGGGACAGACUGUUCCUUGUGUUCCCGUUGAGCUAACCAAGGAGGAAGAAGAGGAAGAGCAGAAGAAGAAGAAGAAGAAUUCACAACAACAACAACUACAACAGACUUAUUGUUUUUGAAAUCUCCUGUGCCCAACCUUGAUUGUAGCCCGUGGAGCACAAGUUAGAAGUUUGUGCUCUUGUACUUUUCUGACUUUUGACUAGGGGGCUAGGAAUAGAAGGGAUAGUCACUCAUGUCUUGCUAUGUGAAACUCUGUAUAGGGUUUGCUAUUAUCAUUUUUAAUAACCUGUUGUUAUGUGACAAUCCCUUUAAUGUUUUGUUUCAAGAGUAAAUAAAAAAAACAAAAAACAAAUAAACAUUGGUGUUCAACUGAAGCUACCGUAGCGUUUGUUACACAAACACAAAAAUGAAAAAAAUAUAAGCCAAAAUAUAUUUUAUAAAUAAUUUAAAAAUGUAUAAUGAGAAUAUUUAAUGCUGUGUAGUUACUUUAUCAGUAAGUUAUACUUGAAAUUAAUUUGCUUUUGUUAAUUUUUCUUUUUUAUUGAGCUUUUAUUUCUCCAAAUUGAACUUGGAUUAGUUUUGUUUACUGUGUGACCCCUGGCAACUGUUGACUUGCAGUCUACCUUGUUGUAAAGAGUUUCUUAUUGGUCAGUUAUUGUGCCAUCAAGUUUCUGUGUGGGCUGAUAGAAAAUGUUUAAAAAGACAAAAAAAGAAGCGAUUACAGCACCAACAUUAAUGUGUCAGUUCAAUGAGCUUAGAGUGAGAUAGCAAAAGAAACCAAAAUAAAAAAUAAAACAAAAGAGACGCAGACGAAAAACCUUAAAAAGGGACAACAGAUGUUGCUUAAUCUUAGUAUCUAAGAAGGAGGACGAUGUGUAGCAUGGUUCUUCAAGCAGGUGACAGUCUUAACCGUUCUUUCUGCUGACUCACAAGGCUGCCUCACAGGGGGUUCAAACCUGCGAGGUUGGGGGGGGGGGGGGGGGUCACAGAAAAAAUAAGUAUUUCCCAUGUGCUCUGAUGUUGCAAACAGCUACCUUGACUGUCUUGUGAAAAGUUGUGUGGAUACCCAGGUAUUUUAUUUUUUCGGUUUAAACAAUUUCAAUUUGAAUAGUGCUCUUUAAGUUUUCAACGUUGUACAAGCCGCCCCCCAUAAGAUUAUGCGAAUCAGUCAUUUGCACCGGGGGGGGUGGAGGGGGGCGCGGCCAAUUGUCAUAACUUUCAACUCUCAAAAGUGGACUCCCCAAUCUUCCAAUUAGCCUCAUAUCACCCCUGUGGUCCGCAGUACGACUGUACUGCAGAGGACCGCCCCAACCAGCUCCCCGUCAGGGCUGCAGCCAGGUAAAGGUGUGGAGCGUUUGUCUGGGAAUCCCCCUGACACCCCCCCCACCUAGUGUCCGUGGAUACGAGGUGUUAGUGAGCGCUGAGCUCACCUUCCCCACAGACGACACACACACACACACACACACACACACACUGCCCAGGGUUUGAGUCCUGCGUCCGAGCGAACCCGAUCGUGACCAUCGUGCACAUUGAGCGGCGUGGUUUUUCUCUGAUGCCUUUACAGUGAAUAAUAAUAAUAAUGUACAAUGUGGAAAGAUGUGACUGAAGGGUGGGGGUGCAAAAUGCAUACAACAAACUCGAAUUUGUAGCUGAAUGUUUUUUGCUGGACUCACCCAUUGCUUCUGGCAACAUGAAAAUCGGUUAAUCACUGAAUGUAUACAGCAGCUUACAAUUAAAACUAUUAAAUGUCCA